CAUGGCAGUUCCCGGAACUACUUUUCUGACGUAUUAGGGGGCCAAAGGUCAUAGAACAUUCGCCUGCCACAUACGCCUCUGUCGCACUUGUUUGUUUUUGUUAAAAAAAAGCAUCAACUUUCGCAAACAGGUAGAUCUUGAGAAAGACAUGGCACGUUUGGUGGCUGUCUGCAGGGAUGGAGAUGAGGACUACCUUUUCCUUGCACGCCAGAUUCCCCUGUACAUCGAUGAUGCGCUCACGAUGGUGAUGGAAUUCCCUGACAGUGUCCUGGAGUUUGACAGCCAUCAGAUCAACAGCUCACAAAUGAAGCAGUUUGUUGAGCAUCACAGUCUGCUGAAACAGCAGGAUUUGAACAUGGCAUUGAUGGUGAUGUCUCGAGAGGUGUUCAGCGCUCUGUCUCAGUCUGUGCCGUGUGUGGGCUGCCGACGAAGCGUGGAGCGUCUCUUCUCUCAGCUCACGGACUCUGGACAUUUUGCUCUUGAGCCGCUCACCCUGGGAUCUUCUGGAGUGCUCUCGGUGACACGAGCGUGCAUCACAGACCCCAGGAAACUCUAUGCACUCUUUUAUGUUCAUGGGUCAAAGUUAAAUACGGUAAUCGAUGCUAUUCCCAAGAGUAAAAAGAACAAACGCUGUCAGCUGCACUCUUUAGACACGCACAAGCCCAAACCUUUAGGCGGCAGCUGGAUGGACGUGUGGGAGCUGAUGUCACAGGACUGUCGUGAUGAGGUGGUUUUGAUUGAUAGCGCUUCUCUGCUGGAGACUCUGGAGACCUACCUGCGCAAACACAGGUUCUGUACCGACUGUAAGAACAAGGUGCUGAGGGCAUACAACAUCCUGGUGGGGGAUUUGGACUGCAGUAAAGAGAAAGGCUACUGCGCCGCCCUGUACGAGGGUUUACGCUGCUGCCCUCACGAGCGUCACAUCCACGUCUGCUGUGAAACCGACUUCAUCGCUCACUUACUGGGCCGAGCAGAACCUGAGUUCGCAGGGGGUUACGAGCGAAGGGAGAGACACGCAAAGACAAUGGACAUCGCUCAGGAGGAGGUGCUGACGUGUCUGGGCAUUCACCUGUACGAGCGUCUCCACAGGAUCUGGCAGAAGCUGCGGGCAGAGGAGCAAACGUGGCAGAUGCUCUUUUAUCUGGGCAUUGAUGCACUUCGAAAAAGCUUUGAGAUGACAGUGGAGAGGGUUCAGGGUAUCAGCAGACUUGAACAGCUCUGUGAGGAGCUCUCGGAGGAGGAGAGAGCAAAAGAACUCAAGCAGGAGAAGAAGAGGCAAAAGCGCAAGAACAGACGUAAAAACAAGUGUGGAUUUGAUAUGAUCGAACAAGAAGCGGAGGAUGAGAAGGACAAAAGUCUUGAUGAGGGUUCAUCCGAGUCUGUGGAUGGAGGUUGUAAGUCAUAUGGCAGUGGAGAGGAGUCUGUGGGCAGUGUGGAGGUCAUCAUCUCUAGUGAACGCUCCUCCUGCACAUGCCCUGUAGCUUCUAUCCUGCAUUCCCCCAAAACAAAGAAAGCACUGUUGCCCCACAGUAACGGCAGUGACUGUGGCUACUGCUCCAGUUUGGAGGGCAGUGAGACGGGCUCUAGGGAGGGCUCGGAUGUGGCCUGCACUGACGGCAUGUGCAACCAUGAUGAAACGGGUACAGGUGAAUAUUCAUGUGUUCAGCAUUGCUCAGAGGAGAAAGAGGAGGACGCUGUGGACAGCUGUGUGGAGUGCUGGGCCAACUCAGAAGAACACACAAAGAGCAAAAAGAAGAAAAGAAAAACAAAGGGCUCGCUGUGCAGAAGUGAACAUGGAUCUAAAGUGAAGGAGAGCUGCACGUCAGACAGCAGGAGAGGUUCUGGAUCUGCUGGGGUCAAUGAGUCUUCAUCACAUUUGUGCUGUAGCAAAGACACAUCUUGCUCUGUGUUGUGCUGUCAAUCAUCAGUGAGUUUCAGCAGCGGAAGACAUUCGCACAAUCAGCCUCUCGUACCCGACACCUGUGCGCACGGCGAGAGCGGUGCCAAGAGCCUGAUAGAGUUACUGAAUGAAUCUGAAGUGACCUCAGAUGACGAGAACUGUCUGACACCGGAUGAGAUCCAGUCAUUCGUAGAAAACAACAAGUCAUUCUACCGUACACGAGACCAGUACAGACAGCACCUUAAAGACCGCUUCACCAAAUACUGCCGCUCAAGCGUGUGCACAGGCGAGUGGCCCUCCGCCACCAGCGUCAACUAGAGUCCAUACACACACACGCACACACUAACGCUUAUUUUAUAGUCCAUAAAAACACUCAUGAUCACCUCUGCAUUGUCAGGUGUUUUUCAAAGCAUGGAUUUGGGAGUUUGAAAUGGGUAAAAUAUUUGAGCGCCGUAUUUGGGUGUCAAAUUUGAUAUUCUACUUUAGGGAAAAGUUACAUGGUUUUCAUCUUUCACUCCAAACUCCUUUCUCAACCAAUCACUGCUCACUUUGUUUUCUUCUUGUGACAUGUUGUUUAGUAAGCAGGGUGUUAGGAACGCAGUUAUUAAAAUGAUCAGGCCUUGACUGUAGGGUUAGAUGUUGGUAGUCUUAAUGUACUGUUUGUAAAACAUUUCUUUGUCUUCUUUUUCUUCCCUAAAUCAUUUCCGUGACUGUGACAAUUUUAGUGUGGAAAAAAUUAUUGUACCAAUGCAGAUAUAAAAAAAGAUUUUACAGAAAGAUUAAACAUCCAUAAUAAAGAUGUUUGGAUGUAAUGAUGGGCGCAAUGUGCGAAAUUUACAUAAUAAAGAAUAUUUAUUAAUAUG